UGGCGGUGGUGGUGGUGGCGAGGCGAACAACAGAGAGAAUCAACGGGAGAACAACCGAGAGACGAGUAAAGAGAAACAACGAAGCAAGAGGAAUCGUUCGGAGAAGGAGUCGAGGGAACGAAGCCCGAGGGUGUCUCACGANAUAAAGAGUUCCUAGCGAGACUGGACAUCUCGAAGCGCAAUGAUUCCAACUCGCCGAGUGAGCAGACUACGAAUCAUUCGCGAGAAAUGCAGCAGCAGCAACAGCAGCAGCAGCAGCAACAGCAGCAACAACAACAACAGCAACAACAGUCUUCCAUGAAUCUGCACAGCGACGUGGACGAUGGCCCUUUAUCGACUCACGACAUCCAGGUGGCCAGACAUCCAUCCGCCACCACAGACACGGACAGCGACGAGCCGAAGAAACACUCGAUUUUCGACAUAGUCGACGACGAGCCUGCCUACAUCAGCAUGUACGACAAAGUGAAGGCGCGCUCGACGAAGAACAUGCAGAAACUGGAGGAGGAGAAGCGGCAGGUACGACUGAAGGACAAGUUCUCGCAGUUGAAACAGAGUCGAGCGAGGAGGGAGGAGAAGAAGCAGAGCACCUCGUGGGACGGCGACUCGGUGUCGAGCAAGGCUUUGACGGAGGACGAGGCAACCUCCGAGUCCGACUCGGCCAGGGCCAAGUCUUUGUCGAGGAAGAGUUCCAGAUCUCGAAUUCACUCGGACACCAGCGAGGAGGAGGAGUCGUCGUUCAACAACAAGAUUCGAAAGGUGGUGAAGACCGAGAGGUUCUUGGAGAGCGACGUCGACCUCGGAUUCGCCGACACGGAGGAGAAACACAAUUCUCUCGAAACGACGAACAGCGUGGUAGUGAACAGCGUUCACUCGAACGCGAAGGAAGAGCCUCGUACGUCGGACGACGACGAAAGAGUUCCCGUUCCUUUCCGUGGCAAUCAUCCGGCGAUCGUGGUCAACAAUCACGAGCGCGACUCCCGUAAAAAGUCGCACAAGAAGAAGCAAAAGCGGCAAAAGAACUCGAUAUCGAACGAGGAGAACAGCCUGAAAACCGAGUCGUCGGAAACCGUCGUGGUCGAGCACAAGAACAAGUCGAACACCGUGGCGAGUGGCAACGCGGAUUGUCGACCUAAUCACACGUCCGAGUCCAUCAACGUGUCCACGACCGCGACGUCCGCUACGACUACGCUCGAGAACACGGAGGAGAGGAUAAGAUCGGACAAGAAACAACGGAACAAGAAGGACAAGAGGAGGGACAGGAACGGCGACGACAAAGCCAAAGCGAGGAGGAAGAGGUUGAACAGGCAGGAGGCUAGAGAUUCGCAACGUAUGGAGGAUAUAUUCGGCCCGUUGUCGGACGACGUGGACGACGGCCCGUCCAACAAUGCUCUUUUCAAUCGGUUGGGUAACAACGCGUACGCCUCGGACAGCGACGGUGGCCACAGCCCUGGGCUGGACGUGGAGCGAGCCAGACGGAAGGCGGAGAAGAAGCAGCGUCGCCACCAACCGGAGGACGAGAACAGCGUGGACUUGGCGGAGGCGGGGCGUGAGAUCGAGGCGAAGCUUUUAGGCCUGCCCAACUCGCCGAAAUCGGGCGUGGCUUGUACGGAGAGCAACGACCACGAUGUGUUCCGGUUNCCGACGAUAACGACAGCGUGGAACCGUCCACGCCGUCCGCUAUUCCGGAGAAGGAAGAGCGGCGAAUUGCCUUAUUUGGGAGCUGAUCCCAGCCCUCCGAGGGCAAGUAGCCCGCUUGUAUCGAAAACGAUGUCGCCUACCUUACCUACGCCCAGGGACACCUUGCUCAGUCCCAUUCCGAAGGUCGUGUCCAACGUGACGACGAUGCCGUCGAUGACGCCCCCUCCCGUGGUUGGAAGUGGAAGUAUUCAAUCAGGAAAAACGGAAAAGAAGAAGGACAAAUUUAUACCAGGGUUCGGUAUCGAGAUCGAUGAAACGAUUCAUGAUAACGCGGUGAAGAGUAUCUCGGAACCGGAGGAGCGUGAGAGCAAUUGUCAGUCGCGCGGCGGUAGGGAGGAAGCGGAGGGCGAGGAAGAAGACGCGGAAGCUGAAGACACGGUCGGAGCGACGGCCGAGGCGCCUCAAGAGGAUGUCGAGGAGAUGCAACAGGCCGUGGAAAGUCUGAACGCUUCGACGGGAGAGGGUGAGACUGAUAUGAAACCGGAUACUCCUCAAAGCGAGCACGAUCUGCAGAUAGACACGGACACGGAAGAAGACCCGAACUAUGAGACGUUCGAUUUGACGCAACCGCCUAAAACGCCAGACAUUCCAUCUUUCUACAAAUCGCCCACGAAAACCGUCAACGCUAUCGCGCCUUCCCUGGCGGCGACGACAGAGAAGGCCAUCGAAUCCCGAAUCUCGUCCAUACCCGUGAAAUCGCAGAGUCCACCGCCAACCUCCGUGAUAGCGCAUUCGUGGAACUUGAACGAGAAGCCGCGAGAAAUAGCGAAAACCGUGCAAGCGAUGGAAAACCAGGCGCGUCGAGCUUCGACCUCGCCACCUCCUCAAUACAAACAGCCAGUCUUAGGUCCGUGCAGCGUACCGAUUACCAGUGAAACUCCUAGAAUAGCCGCGGUCAGUCCUAGACCACCGCCGAUCAGCGUGCAAUCCUUGUACCAGAAGCUGCCCGUUUCGCCGCAAUCUCAGAUGGUACCAAUGCGACAAACCUCUCCUCGAAUGCAAAACAUCUCCGCCGUUUCGACAUCAGCCUCCUCGAAUCAAACUCCUCUGCCACCUCUGGUUCCAUCCAGAAUGCCACCUUUGGUGCCGUCGCAAUUGUCGCCGAGAAUCCUGCAACCGUUGUCACCUAACGGGCAAUGGUCUCGAAACUCGGCGCUCAGCCCACAUGUACCAAGCGUCGGUAAACCGUCUCCUCCACCGGCCAGGAUAGCGGUAAGCGUGCCCGUUUCAGCGCACAGACCGGAAGCACCCGCGCAACAGAUUUAUUCCACGGCUGCCACCCAGCAACCCGUCAUUCAGCACGCUCCUGGAAUGAGAGCUCUGGCGCCUAGUCAUCCGAGAGGAGGCUUGCCACCUCUCACGCUCAAUAUCCCACACCGUCCUUACAUGCCUGUACCACCGUUGGCUCCGGGUGUACAAGUGAAAAGCUCGAGGGAUUCCACCCUGGGUGGGAAAUCCGUGAUUGAGACGUUACUUCCGGUAAAUCCUAACGAGCCUCCCCAGCGACUCGAGGAACCGAAAUUAUCGCCAGCUGUUAUUCCAGAGCCCACGAACAAGGCUUCCACCUCGCCUAAAGUUCCGUCGCCGAAUCAACCGCCCACGUAUAUUCCCGAGACGGCGAAGAUCGAGAUAAACGCAAGUACGUCGAGCCCAGUGUUCGGCAAACCGACCAGCAUCUCGGACACUUGCUCCUUGUCGUCCAGAAAUCAGAAACAAAUUCCAGGCGCUAUAACGACGGAUGGUAAUUUGUUGUCCCCGAGACAGAAGCAAGAAAUUUCGAGUCUUCAACUUUUAACUACUCAUGUGCCACGCUCCUCAACGCCGAGCCCUGUGAUAGUCAGUCAUGGACAAUCUCACCUAGUCCACAAGUCUGUGGUGCAUACUAUCGGUGCAUCCACCGUGUCUUCGGCCAAUCAACCGCUGAUCAAGACGGUUGUACCUAUAGUUUCGCAGCAGAUCGCGUCCACAGUACCUGUUACCGUAUCCGAAGAGAAAUGCAUCAUUGCGCAGGCGUCGCUACCUCUUAGCACGAGCAAGAGGCACUCGCCGAUAAUGCAGAGCGGUCAGUUGUCGAAGCCUCAUAUACCAUUAGUAUCCACGGUGUCGCAAGCCAUUAUCGCUAGAACUGUACCAUCGACGGUGUCCACAGUAUCGUCGCCACCGAUCAACACCGAGCAAACGACGACCGAGUGCGUGGAAUCGCGUCUAUCUUCGGACCAAGAGCUGGAGGUGGAUCCUGACGCGCAGAUGGCGCAAACGGCGCAGCCCAUGCAACUUACUCCGCCCAUACAACCUACACAACCGAUGGACAUUAUAAAAGAAGAACCGCCCGAAAUUUCGAAACGAGAAGACACCACGAUGAAAGAGGAAUCACGCAGCGAAGAAUCGGAACGUCCGUUGAAUCAGCCAAUCUGUACCAACGUGGACGUGAAUAAUCUUACCAAGGUAGAGUCACAGGAUCUUGUCAAAUCGGAAAAAUUAUUAUGUACGCCGAAAUGUGAAUCUAACGAUAACAAUCUUGUUCCCAAAAUGGAAAUCGAGCCCUCUUCGGUUAAGUUAGAAUCCGCGAACAACGAGAUCAAGGAAGAGGAGGCUGUGAAAGAGAACGAAGAAGCGGAUAUGGACGAGGAAUCGGCGGAGGAUCCGUUGAAAGAACCGAGCACGGAUCCACUUGCCAUCGACGUGUCUAAAGAGGAUCCAACGGAUAGUAAAGAGGAUAGUGAUUAUUGGUCGGCCAAAGAAGUGAAUAUCGAGAGCGUAAUAAAGAAAGUAGACGCGUUGUGCGAUGGCGAGGGCAACGACGGUGACGAAACGCAACAUGAUCAAAACGCCGGUAACGAGACGCAGGAGCAACCGAAAUCCAACGAAUCGGAAUGGUUCAACGCCGAGGUAACGGAGACCGAGAACAAGAAGAACUUUGCAGCAAACGAUGAUCAGGAUGAGGGUGUAGAAACGUGUGAAAGUGAAUCGACCAAGAGUCGUCGUGGUAGGACAAAGAGCAGACGUGGAGGCGGUAGCCGGGGUGGAGUAACCACCAGGCGAAGCAGUAGAAAUACUGCUACUGUAGUGCAUAAACGGGGAGCGAGAACUCCUAGAGGAAGCAAACAUCACGUGGAGAAGAACAAAUUGCCAGCUGACGUUUACGAGUUUCACGACGAUAGCGAGGAGGACAAUGCGGGACGGCCACGAUUGAUUCUCACGAUCAAGUCUCCAGUACCGAAUCUAUCCGGUCCCAAUGCGCAACCAGCGACACCUAUUGCCGCAGUGAAAGAAGUACCGCCAGAAGAGUUUGUCCCUCCAGCGGCGAACACGAGAAAGUCGAGGAGAUUGGCCGAGAGAGAUGGAAUUAGAAACACGAUAGACGAUGUGAUCGAAGAUGUCGUUCGUGGUUCCGCGGUGAACAAGAAUGUACUGGGAGGAUCUGGCAAUGUUCACGCUACAAGACGAAGCACCAGGCACAACAAUUCGCCUCGCGUACAGGCCACGAUGCAAUUGACCGAACCUAGAAAGUCGCCGAGAAGCAUGCGCGGUAAAUCUGCGCGAAGAACAUCCGAGAACGAUGACGACGAAGAGUAUCGCGAAUUGAUGAAGAUGAAGGAAACACCAUCCAUACCUCAAGACCUUCAAAACAAAGAAGAGAGUGUUCCAACUCCGGAUGAAACUCCAAAAGCGGAAGAGGCCAGUCAACCUGUACCAGAACCAACGCAGAAACCAGUUUCUCAUGAACCAAUGACGCUGAUAGAUCCGGUGACUGGAAUGUUGAUACCGAUGAGGGAGUCGGAGGAAGGUCAAUACAUUCCAGUUUCUACGACCUCUGGACAGACGCAGUCCGUAAACAGAAAUGCGUGCGAGUCCAGAACUGCUCCAGUAAUGAUGGCGAAUGCUGUUCUUAACACGAGUGGAGUGUUAAGACCGAAACCACCUCAACCGGAAAAUCUAAGUAUUUCCGAAGAACCGAAAAAGGAACAAAUUCAAGAACCGGGCCAAAAUCAACAGAUUCAACCACAGACCAGCGUUAUAACGAAACCACAAUCUCCGGUAGUUCAAGUAACCUCUACGGUCAGUAUAAUUCAAUCAGCGACAACUUCCACCACUGUUACUUCUGUGGCUACAACAACGGUGGCGAUGCCAACGACACCUACUUGCUCAACUCAAUCGAAGCCUACGAGCCUCAAGGCUCAUGUAUUAAAUGCUAGUAAAUUAGCUACACCAGUGCAACAACAAGUGGUGAUCACGAAACCAGCAACUCCUAGCGUGCCUAGCCAAUCGGUUGUGCAGAACAUCGUAAAAUCCACUCAACCGAUGCAAGGUCUACAUCUACAAGUGUCCAGUAACAGAGUAGUCUCGCCGAGUUUGAGCCCACGCAGUAAACAAACACCACAAAUUAGCGCAGCGAAUGGAAAAAGCCAAGGGCAGCCUAUGUCACCGGUUCUCAACAAUACUGGUGUUCCACCAAAUCCGAAACAGCACCUUUUGCAAGCGGCCAAACAACAAACAUCCGCGAUAGUGAAUCUUCCUUCUCAAAAAUUACCCAUGAACGUUCAUCCAGCUAAUGUAACUACAACACCUACCCCAAGAAUCCAUCAACCUGUUUCCCAACCAACAGCAUUAAAGGCUAUUAAUGGUCAGCCACAUCCUCUGAAUCCAAAAGCACAUUUGUUGCAAGCAGUGGUGCCACCAAUGGUCACAGGUGCAGUGGCCAGUCCACCUACUCAACCUCAUAUGAUGAAUCCACAACCUGCUAAUGUGAGCUGUUCGCGACCUCCAGCACCAAAACCAUCAGUAACGGGAACGAUGGAACCACCAAAAGUAGAAGUAUCAAUGUCUGGCUGUAUUAUGGUUCCAACUGCAAGUCCUCAAGCUCGAGGGGUACCAAUAUCAACUUAUGAAGGACCAUUGCAUGGAAGUGCGGGUGCUACUCCAUCACCAGGGGGCCAAUAUGGACUUGUCCCCCCACAUCGAUCCCAGAGUCCUCCAUUGCCUCCACCUGCCCAUCAUCAUACUAAUGCUUCUCAGGGUGACGUUGUAAACCAUUUUGGAGGUCUAGCAAGAGGAGCAGAGAUACCACCUCAUUAUAUGCAUCCGCAAAUGCUGCAAUAUCAGUACCUACGUGCACAACAAGAGGCAUUAACAGCUCCACGGAUAUAUCAUAUUCAAGAAACUCGAUCUCCUCAUUUACCAUUAGAUCCUAAACUUGAAACAGGCAUAGAGGAUAGUCACAGUCCACCAUUAGAAUUGAGACGUAGUGCAAGAACACCUCAAGAUCGGACUACUGAUAGUCCUCAAGUAGCUCAAGUGUACAUGAUGCAUGGAACAGUGAGAUUACCACCACCGCAAUAUAAUGCUGGAAGUAAUCCAUCUUUAACUGGUGCGCCAGCAGCUGCCAGAGGUGGUUUUUACGAGCCUCCACCGGCGCAUUUGCGUUCUCAAUAUCCUAUUGCCGCCAGUGAAGCGCCAAGUGAUAGAGCAAUUACACCAGAUAGGCCUAGAAAGCACCAAGUAGUUACUCCACCUCAUGCUUCUCAAGUGCCACCACAAGCAGACUCGUUUCAAAUGUUAUUGCAACGUUAUCCAGUUAUGUGGCAAGGACUAUUGGCUCUUAAAAACGACCAAGCAGCAGUACAAAUGCAUUUCGUUUUUGGUAAUCCCAAUGUGGCAAGGGACAGUCUACCAUGUAAUAGCGAUGGCUCCACUCCACCAUUGAGAAUCGCUCAGAGAAUGAGAUUGGAACAAACUCAGGUCGAAGGAGUAGCGAGAAAAAUGCAGAUGGAUAAUGAACACUGUAUGCUCCUUGCACUUCCUUGUGGUCGAGAUGAGGUAGACGUACUACAACAAAGCAAGAAUCUCCAAACCGGAUUUAUAAUGUAUCUACAGCAAAAACAAGCUGCUGGAAUUGUUAACAUCGCUGCACCAGGAUCACAACAACCUGCAUAUGUAGUUCAUAUUUUCCCAUCGUGUGACUUCGCAAACGAGAGCUUGGCGCGAAUCGCGCCGGAUUUGCUGCACCGUGUUGCAAAAAUCGCUCAUUUGCUCAUCGUUAUUGCCACCGUUUGAGGCCAACCAGUGGUCUAUUGGAUUACAAUCUAUCUAUAUUUCUCACCUUCAUGCACUUAUAGGACACUUCGCACGUGGCAUGAAGCCUGGAGUGUCCUCCCGACGAAGUGCAGUAUCGUACAACAAACGAUGAGAAUAUUUCCGAGGAAAUGAAAGAUUUCUCUGGAGUUAUAUCAGUGACAAUCAAAUGGAUUCUUUUGCGAAUCGUGCCGACCUUCUAGAUCGUAGGCCUAAAACGUAGGUACGGGGUUGUGUAACGUAGAGAGGCUAGCACGGUCAAUGUAUUGACAUCACCGAGCGUGUCUUUCUUCUGCAGUUUAAUUUGCGAUGACGAGUUCCAUUCCUGAUAUGGAAUGACUCUCAGUUCGCUCAUCACUGAUGACGUUUGUGAGAUCGACCGACAUCACUCUUGGUCUUUCUGACAAGCGGGUCAGGCACAAUCCCAGUCCUUAGUGAAGACCUUCGAUUGAUAAAAAA